AUGUUUUCUCCUAACCUGGACUAUAGCUGGGUUGAGGAGGUCGAGAGCCACUGCACCGAGUAUGUCCAGCUGGCCUUUAUCACCUCCUGUCUGUCCAUUUUUGUGGGAGGCAUCCUCAUCAUCUUGAUGUUCAGGGUAUUUGAGUACAUGCUUCACUUCUGCUUCUUUGAAUGGGUUACUGAAUUUAAGCUGUUUACUCAAAGGAUGCCCAUGUUGAGUCGAUGGAAGGGACACUUUCAGAACUGGGUGGUAAUGAUGAUCUCUGCUCAGACUACUGUGGGGCGUGUACUGGUAAUGCUUGUGUUCUUGUUUAGCAUUGGAUCACUCAUCAUUUACUUUAUCAACUGUAACAGUGUUAAACAGUUCUGUCUUUCCUUUGAUGACCAGACAGUUCUCAUUGACCUGUUCUUCAAUUUAUUCUUCCUUGUUUACUUUGGAUUGCGGUUCUUGGCAGCAAGUGACAAGUUGACAUUUUGGCUUGAACUUAAUUCUAUUGUGGACUUCUUCACCAUCACUCCUGUCUGGGUAUCCUUCUAUUUAGAAAGAAAAUGGCUUGGUUUACGGUUCUUGAGAGCACUCAGAUUGAUGGAACUUCCCAAAAUAUUACAGUUUCUCCAGAUUACAAGAACUGCUACUGCAAUCAAGCUCUCCAAACUCCUAGCUGUAUUUAUCAGUACCUGGCUCACCGCUGCAGGAUUUCUUCAUUGGAUGGAAAACUCUGGUGAUCCCUGGGUACAGCACAGAAAUUCCCAAAACCUGACUUACUUUGAAUGCUUAUACUUGAUCAUGGUAACCAUGUCUACAGUUGGGUAUGGAGAUGUGGUGGUCAAAACCACCUUAGGGCGUGUGUUCAUCCUUUUUUUCAUCGUUGGUGGUUUGAUUCUCUUUGCCAAUUUGGUGCCUGAAAUGGUAGACAUUGUUGGAAGCACAAAAAUCUACAAGGGUUCCUACGCAUCUGUGAAAGGCAGAAAAUAUAUUGUGGUCUGUGGUGAUAUCACUCUGAAUAGUGUAACUGCUUUCCUAAGGGAUUUCCUAUCCCAAACUACAGGAGAGGUUACUGAGAUCAUCUUCCUGGGAGAAAAUCCCCCGUGUCUGGAACUGGAAACUAUAUUCAGAUGUUAUGCUGCCCAUACCAGUUUCUUCCAAGGUACUGUGAUGAAGACUCAAGAUCUGCUGAGAGUUCAGAUGGAGAAUGCUGAAGCAUGUCUCAUCUUAGCUGACACCUGUUCUGCCCAGCCUUACAUUGAGGAUACAUCUAACAUCAUGAGGGUACUGUCCAUCAAGAACCACUUCCCAACUACCAGAGUCAUAAUACAGAUCAUCCAGUCUUCUAACAAGGUCUACCUGCCCAAGCUCCCCAACUGGGACUGGAGGAGAGGGGACAGUAUCAUCUGUUUUGCUGAACUCAAACUUGGGUUAAUAGCACAAAGUUGUUUGGUGCCAGGCUUGACCACACUGUUGACCAGUCUGUUUAUUAGGGAAGAUUCUCAGUUACAAAAACUGAACAUUCGGAUUAGGCACCAGCAUGAAAUAGAAGGCCAGGAUUAUAAAGUGAUGACUCAGCUUCUUUCUAAUGAUUUUAUGGACAUGUCUUUCAGAGAAGCUUCCCGGUUGUGCUUUGUGAAGCUGGAUCUCAUACUGCUUGCUAUUGAGUUUCGAUCUGGAGUUCAGGGAAACAGCAUCCUGAUCAAUCCAACUUCUGUGAUUAAACUCCAUUUCAACACAAUGGGCUUUUUCAUCGCCAAAACUGCAAAGGAACUCAGAAGGGCUCGUUAUUAUUGUAAACAAUGCCACAGCGACAUUGCAACUCCAGACCUAAUUGAAAAGUGUCAUUGCAAAGGGAAAAGUUCCAAAAAAUCAAGCUUAGUAGCAGCUUCUGAUAAAAUGAAAGCCCUGCAGGAUUAUCUGGCCCAUCCAGUAGGUUCACUGUCCCUCGGGAUUUUUCCUCUGUCGAGUAUGAAUGUUGACAAUGAUAGCAGGAUGCAAUCCAAUUCACCUUUCCACUGGGCCGGAGUGAGUUGGAUGCUGUGGAGCCCAGGCAGCACCGGCAGGCCUUCUGCUGCAGCUGAGCCGUGGCAUGACCAGGAGGCUGCCGAUGCUACUGGGGAUCCGUCGGAGUCAGCCAGCCUGGUGGACGGAGGACCACCAGAAAUCUUGGAAGAUGAGUACAGUGAAACCUCUCUAGACUCCACAGGAAUGUUCCAUUGGUGUGAAGCUGUUCCUUUUGAGCAGGCCCUCCUGAAGCGCAACAAGAGGUUCUCCAGUGAUCUGCAUGAUCACAUUGUGGUCUGUGUUUUCGGAGAUGCUACCUCCACGCUGAUUGGACUGCGCAACUUUGUGAUGCCUCUACGAGCCAGUCACUUCACAUUUAGUGAGCUGAAAGAUAUCGUCUUUGUUGGAUCUCUUGAGUAUCUCCAGAGAGAAUGGGAAUUCAUCCAAAAUUUCCCCAAAUUAUACUUACUGAAGGGCAGUGCACUUUCCUGUGCUGAUCUGAAGACAUCCAACAUCAAGCAUUGUGCCAUGUGUGCCAUUCUUUCAGCUCAUGCCAGAGGUGCUGGUGAUCAAACCCUAGUGGAUACAAAAUCUAUCCUGGCUACUCUUAACAUCCUCUCCUUGCAGUUUAAGUUAAGUCCAUCAACAGCAGAAGCUAAUACAAGGAGAAUCAGUCAGGAAACAAUUGGGAAUCAAUCACUGCGCAUCUUUGCCAAACGGAUCCCCAUAAUCACCGAGCUGAAAAUAGCUUCCAAUGCACAAUUCUUUGAACAGAGCAAUGUAAAUGAAUCUGACUAUCCAGGCCAGACCCCAGAACAUUUAUCCAGAGGAGAAAUAUUUUCUGACAGCUUUUUGGACUCUUUAUUGUGCACUACCUACCACAAUCACCAUGUGUUGGCUUUGCUGCAGACACUGGUGACUGGUGGGACCAGCCCAGAGCUAGAAGAAUAUCUGGCAGAGGAGACUUCACUGAGUGGUAGUGCUAGCAAUGUGAUGCACUUUGGACCUAGGAACCGAUGUAAACUGGCACUUUUAGCACUGACAGACUCUCCAGCUACAGUAGAAGGGCUGCUGCUCUGCUUUGGGGAUGUGUAUACUCGAGCACUUGACAUGUUUGGAAUCCUUUGCUUUGGCCUCUACCGUCUGAAAGAGGAGCCCAAUCCAAAUGAAAAUAGGAAAGUAUAUUGCAAACUGAAACUUCCUCAUCGGUAUGUGAUUGCUCGGCCACCUACCAGUUUAGAGAUCUUCAGUUCUGAUCAGCUCUUUUGCCUUGUCCCAUUCAACACUUUAUUAAACGACCUGACAGCUGUGGUGAAGUCUAUUCCACCAUUCAAACGAAAGAUUGCUUUGCAGAAACAGGAAACACGAUACAAUAAAAUAAAACUGAAAGCUUUCCAUCUCUUCUGGCAUACAAAAGAGGAGGAGAAGAAAGGAAGAGCUCAAGGCUCAUUGUCACUCAUUCUCGUAGAAGGAAACCACGGUGAGCUGAAUCACUAA